CUUAGGCUAAUUCAACCAAGAACAUAAUUAUAUACUACCCAUAGAUGAAUAUGAUCAGAAAAUGACAAACAGGAAGAGUUGCUUGAUUGAAAGUUUUUGUCAUGUUCAUACAGGUUGAGGUGACAUGGUAGCUCUGAGAAGCAUCUCUCAUUGAUCACAGCUGACCUGACUCUGGGUUGCCCAUGUUCCACUGCUGGUCAAGAAGAUCUGCUGUCUUCACCACGUUCCACUAUGUGAACACCACUGAUACGAUCGUGACAGGAAGUAUGACCUCAUUCUGCUGCCCUGCCUCUGGUUAAGAAGUCUGAUUUUGAAAGUAAACAAGGGCUGUGAGGCUGACUCUCCCAAGAAUGACAAGCUAGUCUAUUCUAGGAAACAGCCGAAAGAUCCAGAGGCCACCACCGAAGAACUAAACUGUGCUGUGGAUGCCUACAUACAGGAGGGAUGUGGGCAGUUUCCAUCAGAAGGGGAGAUGGGAUUCCCUUUGUGAAGUAACUUCUGCACCUGUUGACAUUCUGACGGGACUUUCAGCUGAAGAAUUGCUGGGUCCAGAUUUCUGCACUGCCAACCACGGGGAAGCUUCGUAUUUCAGCAAUCAUCCUGUCAUUUAUCAGUUGGAAGAAGAGCCUGGGGACUCCCUGUGGAGGAAUAUAAAAAAAAAAUCUGUGAAGUUUGAACGAGCGGCCUUCUCAAGAUGUACCGAGUCUCUCAACUGAUGUCGACACCAGUAGCAAAUUCCUCCAGGUCAAACAGAGGACUUUCUGGAGAACUGUCCCCCACAUGCCUUUUCCCAAGCUUUGGUUGUGACUUCCUGGAUGGAGACAUUUCUUUUGAAUGCUGCUCCAUAGAUCCCCUGACAGGCUCCCACUAUGUCUGCCGCAGAAGCCCUCGACUCCUCACCAAUGGCUACUACAUUUGGACUGAGGACAGUUUCCUCUGUGACCCAGAUGGCCACAUCACUCUGAACCCCUCACAUACCAGUGUUAUGUACAAGGAGAAUUUAGUUAAAAUAUUUAGAAAGAAAAAGAGAACCCACCGUUCUCUUUCUUCUCUCUUGGACCUCAGAGCCUCUAAAUCUUGGCUGCAUGGAAGCAUCUUUGGAGAUGCCGACUCACCUCCAAGUGAGGACACUUGGCUGGAGGACAUUAGGAGCCUGGGAAGUGAUCUGGACUGUUCUUCUCUGAGUGAUGGGUGGGAGUCUCAGAAGCCAACCACAGACAUUCCAGAAGCCUCUUCUGGCCAUGUUCUGUGUCAGCAUCUCCGAGAAAGCUCCCAGAAUUGUUCUCUUCAGCCUCAGACGAAAGCAUCAGGACAUUUCCAAAAGACCAUUCUGGCUCAUUCAAAAGCCAGCCUGAUGUACAAGUUCUCCUUUCGGGCAACCCUGCUAGCAGUGUGCUUAAUCGUUUCUGCAUGUGCAAGAUGGUUUAUGGUAGGAGAAUUAGCCAGCAUCUUUACCUGCACAUUGAUGAUCACAGUAGCUUGUGUUGUGAAGUCACUGUUUCUCGGCCUUGCCAGCUAUUUCAAAGCCACAGCCUGUGCUAAAUUUGAUAGUACUUGAAGAAUGCUGGUGAUGAAUGUCUUCAAUCUGAAUAUCCAGAAACAAUAAUUUGUAGUCUGCUUGGAAUGAAUCAACCACUUUAUUGGAAGGGAAUGAGCAAAUGGAUAACUGAGAAAAAAACCCUCUAAUUUGACAAUGUAAUUUCUUUCUAAAAUCUCAAUUUCCACAUGUAAUAGUAAUUGGUUCAUGACAUUAAUAUUAAAUUUUCUUUCAUUCAUAAACACUGUCAGUUGAAAGGGAAGGGGUAGGGGAACGUGACAGAGCAGAGGCCACCUGGAGUAAUGCUCCCCUGUUAUCCCUAAGGUGGUGUACCUGAAACAUUAAUUUUAAUUAGAGAAUUUUGUGAGAGGCUUGGAACAUGAGUGUCUGUGGUCUUUCAGCAUGUAGCUAUGCUUUGCUGACCUACUUUAACCAAACAAUGCAAACAAGCUUAUAUAAUUAAUACAUGCUGCAUAGGAAAUAGGCACAGUUUGCACAUACAAUAUAAUGUUGCAAAAAUUCAUCCCCUUUGAAACAUGCAUUGAUGUUAGAUGGUGAUAAGAGGUGCUGUUGUUUGUCUUCAAAUGUCCAUGUGUCAAAACCUUGAUUGUCAGUGUGACAAUGUUGAGAGGUGGUGGGACCUUUAAGAAAUAGGACCAGGGCUGGAGAGAUGGCUCAGCCGUUAAAGGCUAGGCUCACAACCAAAAAUAUAAGAAAUAGGACCAGUAGAAUAUCCUUAGUCAUUCGGGAGCUUCCCUCAGAAUGUAUAAAUGGUCAGACCCUCAGUCUGGCUCUGGCUUUCUGUCCUGCUAUAUGAUCUCUUCCUCUCACAACUCCCAUGUGAUGUGAUGCUAUCCACCUUGAAAUCACCAUUAAAAUGAAGCAGAUGCUGGUACCAUGCAUUUGAACCUCCAGAACUGUGGGCCAAAGGACUCCUUUUUCAUUACUAAGUAUUCUGCCUUGGGUAUUUUGUUUUAGUGAUUGGAAACAAAGAGAGUAGCUGAUCAUUGGUGGAAAAUGAGCAGGAGAGAGCUGUUUUUUUGGAAUAGGAAUUCUUCUUUUGAAUGAUUUUCUUUACUACUUUUUUUUAUUUCUGGGGAACAAUGAUCAUCAUUCAAAUUGUAAUUAAAAUAUGAUACAUAAAAAUUCCUUAAAGACAAAAUAAAGGAAAAAUUAGUAUUUGAAAACACAAGAAAAUGGUGAAACUAUAUAAUUGGCUGAAAAGUUAUAGAAGACAGUUAUCCUUCUUACCUCUCACCAGGAAAUUUCAGAUAUGGUCUGCUGAGGAUGUUCUAUGCUACAUCCUCCAGUGAGAAACUUCUGUGUGUUGAAAACUAUUUACUUUAAAGUGAUAAUGCCAAAAAACAAAAACAAAACAAACCCCUUUUAUAUCUGUGAUGGUUAAUAUUCAUUGUCAACUUGACUGUAUUUAGCAUCACCUCUGAGACACACCUUUAGGUAUGUUUAUGCGGUUGUUUCUAGAGAGGUUGAACUGAAGAGAGAAGACUUGCCCUUAACAUGGGUACCAACAUCUUAUGGACUGGUGUCUUGGACUGAAUAAAAAAGGAAGGGAGAAAGGAAGCUGAGAAUGUGCAUUCAUCUCUCUCUCUCUCUCUCUCCUUCUUGACUGUGGACACAAUGUGACCAGUUACCCAGGCUUCUGCUUCCUAUCAUGAUGCACGGUAUCCCUUUAAACUUUGAGUCAAAUAAACCCUUCUUUCUGUAAGUUACCUUUGCCAGGCGUUUUGUCAAAGCAAUAAAAAAGUAACUAAUAUAAUACCGUUUUUAUUUCUGGACAUUUUUGGUUGAAUGAAAUUAUACUAAUAAGCAGACUCACCAUCAACUUACAUAUAUAGUAUGUGUGUCAUAUAAUUUAUAUUUACCUACAUCCAUAUACCUUUUCACACAUCUAAUGA